CUGGGCUUCAUAGUAGGCUUGUGCUAGCUCAGCGGGUGUUUAAUAAUAAAAUCAAACUGAAGCCACGAGGUAAUAUGUCUUCAUUAUUGAUCAGCAACUAUUUCUGAGAAAGUUGAAAUCAUUUCUCAUUCAGAUUGAUGAAGAGUUUUCUGAAGGUGAGGGAAGAAAGUGAAAGUGAAAACUAUCAUCUUUUGUCUGUGGUAACUCAGUUUACUGGAAAUGGGAUGGAACAGAAAUUUCCAUGUGUGGUAAUGGGAAGUAAUUCAAGUUCACAUUCUGAAGAACUUAUUAUCCUGCACCAAGAACUACAUUUUUCUAAAGUUCUCUCCUCUUUUUUAUGCAGGCUCCAAGAAUGGAAUCCUUUCAAGAACUAGGGAGUUAGUUUGAAAUAUGGCCUUGUUUUCCUUCCACUCGAUGUGAAAUAGGAGCAGCUCUUAUAUUUUACUUUGAAGUAAAAUAGAAAACAAUAUUGGAGAAUGGAGAUAGAGAAUUUUGCAGGGCCUCAGGUUCAUCAUAGUCCAGGACAAGAGAGGUGAAAGCCCAGCCUCUGCGGUUCUUAAUGCCUCAGCAGGAUUAUUUUCACUAAAGAUGGAAACACUGGAGUCUGAAUUGACCUGUCCAAUCUGCCUAGAGUUGUUUGAAGACCCCCUUCUGCUCCCUUGUGCUCAUAGCCUCUGCUUCAGCUGUGCCCAUCGCAUCUUGGUCUCGAACUGCAGCUCUGGUGAAUCCAUUGAACCCAUUACUGCUUUUCAGUGUCCUACGUGUAGGUAUGUUAUCUCACUGAACCACCGCGGCCUGGAUGGCCUCAAGAGGAAUGUGACUCUGCAGAACAUUAUUGACCGCUUCCAGAAGGCUUCAGUCAGUGGGCCCAAUUCCCCAAGUGAGAGCCGCCGGGAGAGGACUUACAGGCCCAGCACCGCCAUGUCUAGUGAGCGUAUUGCUUGCCAAUUCUGUGAGCAGGACCCGCCAAGGGAUGCAGUGAAAACAUGCAUCACCUGUGAGGUCUCCUACUGUGACCGUUGCCUGCGGGCCACACACCCCAACAAGAAACCUUUCACCAGCCAUCGCCUGGUGGAACCAGUGCCAGACACACAUCUUCGAGGGAUCACCUGCCUGGACCAUGAGAAUGAGAAAGUGAACAUGUAUUGUGUAUCUGAUGACCAAUUGAUCUGUGCCUUAUGCAAACUGGUGGGGCGUCACCGAGACCAUCAGGUCGCAUCCCUGAAUGAUCGAUUUGAGAAACUCAAGCAAACUCUGGAGAUGAAUCUCACCAACCUGGUUAAGCGCAACAGUGAACUAGAAAAUCAAAUGGCUAAACUAAUACAGAUCUGCCAGCAGGUUGAGGUGAAUACUGCUAUGCAUGAGGCAAAACUUAUGGAAGAAUGUGACGAGUUGGUAGAGAUCAUCCAGCAGAGGAAGCAAAUGAUUGCUGUCAAAAUCAAAGAGACAAAGGUUAUGAAACUGAGAAAGUUGGCACAGCAGGUUGCUAAUUGCCGCCAGUGUCUUGAACGGUCAACAGUCCUCAUCAACCAAGCUGAGCAUAUCCUGAAAGAAAAUGACCAGGCACGGUUUCUCCAGUCUGCAAAAAAUAUUGCUGAGAGGGUCGCUAUGGCAACUGCAUCUUCUCAAGUUCUGAUUCCAGACAUCAAUUUUAAUGAUGCCUUUGAAAAUUUUGCUUUAGAUUUUUCCAGAGAAAAGAAACUGCUCGAGGGGCUAGAUUAUUUAACAGCCCCAAACCCACCAUCUAUCCGAGAGGAACUCUGUACUGCCUCCCAUGACACCAUUACGGUCCACUGGAUCUCAGAUGAUGAGUUCAGCAUCAGCUCCUAUGAGCUUCAGUACACCAUAUUCACUGGCCAGGCUAACUUCAUCAGUAAGUCAUGGUGUAGUUGGGGCCUGUGGCCAGAGAUAAGGAAAUGUAAGGAAGCAGUAAGCUGCUCAAGAUUGGCCGGGGCGCCACGAGGCCUGUAUAAUUCAGUGGAUAGCUGGAUGAUUGUGCCCAACAUUAAACAGAACCAUUACACAGUGCACGGACUCCAGAGUGGGACACGCUACAUCUUCAUUGUUAAAGCCAUAAACCAAGCAGGCAGCCGGAACAGUGAACCUACCCGACUGAAAACAAAUAGCCAACCCUUUAAACUGGAUCCCAAAAUGACUCACAAGAAGUUGAAGAUCUCUAAUGAUGGAUUGCAGAUGGAGAAGGAUGAGAGCUCUCUGAAGAAGAGCCAUACCCCAGAGAGGUUUAGUGGCACAGGGUGCUAUGGGGCAGCAGGAAAUAUAUUCAUUGACAGUGGCUGUCACUACUGGGAGGUAGUCAUGGGUUCCUCAACAUGGUAUGCAAUUGGCAUUGCCUACAAAUCAGCUCCCAAGAAUGAAUGGAUUGGCAAGAAUGCCUCCUCAUGGGUCUUCUCUCGAUGCAAUAGUAACUUCGUAGUAAGACAUAACAACAAGGAAAUGCUGGUGGAUGUGCCCCCACAGUUGAAGCGUCUGGGUGUCCUUCUGGAUUAUGACAACAACAUGUUGUCUUUCUAUGACCCAGCUAACUCUCUCCAUCUUCAUACUUUUGAUGUGACCUUCAUUCUUCCAGUUUGUCCAACAUUCACAAUCUGGAACAAAUCCCUAAUGAUCUUGUCUGGCUUGCCUGCCCCAGAUUUUAUUGAUUACCCUGAGCGGCAGGAAUGCAACUGCAGGCCUCAAGAAUCCCCUUAUGUUUCUGGGAUGAAAGCUUGCCAUUAAGUUUCAACAGAGCAUAUAAUUCACUGGCUCUCCAGUUCAGCAGUUUUUUCCCUCCUAAACCUCAGUUAGUGUCCAAUAUCCGAGAUACAAAAAUAAAGUUCAUUUGAAGCAUCCAAAAUAAUUAGAUAUUAUAGAUUUAAUUUUUGUGCAUUAAAACUUGUAUUUGAGUUAAUGUAUUGAGUUUCUCAGAACAAAUUAUCUGAGUAGUCUGUGUUCAAGCCAUUGGAGAAGAAAUUUAGAGAAUUCCUCUCUUGUCAUUGGAGAGUUAGAAAUUCCCAGCGAUUUAGGAGUAUGAAUAAUAUUGGGCGGAAUUAUGGUAAUUCUAGGUACACAAUGUAGAAAGCUGCUCUGAGCAAAGGGCUAGCCAGCCAGAAAGGGACGGGUUUCAGCCUUUCCAGUACUGGCCAAUUUGGCCAAGUAGAAUUUUGAAAUGUCAAAUGAUCACAUAUUAUAUGUAGCUUUUGAUAAAAACCUAAAAUCAAGGAUUUAUUAUAAAGAAAACAUGUAUGUGUACAUAUAAUAUAUAUAAAAUGAAUAUAUAAUACAUAUACCUAUGUAUUAUAUAUUCAUUUUAUAAUUAUAUAUACAUAAUAAACUUUUUAAUUUGCUCAUUUGAGCGAGAAAUAUACUAGAAGGGAAAAUAAAUUAUAUCAUCCAUUUUUGUCUCCUAAAGGGAACAUGAAAAUCCUGCUACACACACAUGUACAUGCAAUAAUGAGACACUUAGUGGGAAGAGCUCUAGGUUGGAUUCAGAAAGAUUGGGGGACAAGAUUGCACAAGAGAUGCUAUUGCUAAAUAGGAAACUGAUCCAGGUAGAAGCGUUCUAUGUAGCAGUUUCAUUGAUGCUACCUAAUGGAGGAGGUUCGCCUGAAUUGUUAAAAAUUCCAUCAAAGGAUAUUUCAAGGACAU